ACCUCCUUAUUCCUUCCCAUCCCAAUCUUGCCCAUCACAAUUCAAUCUAGUCGUUCAUCGCCGAUAAAAGGAACGCGCCUCACUCAUCUUCUGGUAUUGUUGAAGUUCGGAUCAAGGUGUGGAGAAGGAUUGCGAAAGGUUUCCUUCCUUCAACCGAAUGGGGCCCUUUGCCGGUAAAGUGGAAUACCUCCGCCAUUUUGAGGAACUGGUGAAUUCCAUAUCGGUCGCGAAGGGAAGGAUUUUGAAACCAGAUUCAUCUUCUUACCUCUUGCUUGACACUAUUAGUUCACUGGUGCUUCUGCAUCUCGUCAGCCUCUGUAUCUCAUGGGCCACUAGGUACCAGUUACCAGAAUCAUCCCACUCUAUUGAGAUAAGAUGGAUUCACAAGGAGACUUGUGCUUGCACGCUUAUUUCCAAAAAAAAAAAAGUAAUCUUGUUCACACGCGGUUUGUCUCAGUUAGGUCCCGACAAGAGGCUUCUGUUACUAAUCAGCCCUUGAAGUGCAAGGCAAGGAGAAUGACUGAAAGAAGGGUGAAGCAAGAGAAGAGUAGUCCAACUUUGCACGUUUUCAAGUGCAAUGGCAAUUUUAUUUUGAAGAAAGAUAUAAACUACCCAAGCUUGUUUUGUUGAAAUAUUUGGUGUUUGUGAUAUGUUUGAUUAGAUAAGUUCCAUGUGACUUUAUAUUUCUUAGUUGUUGAUCAACAUUGACGAGUGAACGAUAUAUGGUUCUCAGGCUUCUUAACUGUUUCAAGCAAG